AUCAGACUUUUCAUCAACAACACCUGUAAUCUAACGAUCAUACUGUAUUACUCGGAUUAAUACACACGUGUAGUCAUUCAAAAUGUAAACUUAAUUCCUGAAUGAAUAAAUUGAGUUUCUUUUACGUGUCGUUAGAAUUUUAUAAAUAUUUCCGAGAAUUUCUUAGUGUGACAAAGUAAUUCUGUCCGGUAAGAUCUUUUUGUUGAUUGUGGGGAAUUUUCCAGCCUAUUUGUUGUAUUUUUCAUUCAUAAAAUGUUGUUAAAAUGUUCAAUUUUUUACACAUACUUACUAGUUUUGAUUCAUAUUGUUACGGCACCGUUACGUAAGUUUACAAAUGUUGUAGAUUUAAUAAACAUUGAUUUAAUUUUGACUAGUUUUUUAGCAUCAAUAUUUCCAGUUUGUUUUCGUGACGAUCCACAACUUAGUAAUUGUAUUGUUCGAGCUGUAAAUGUUCUAAAGCCUCGAUUGGCUACUGGAGAUCUUGGAGAUGGAUUUAGGACGAUACGAUUAGAUCCUUUGUAUAUUCCAAAGAUAACAUAUGGAAGCACAAGUAGGCUUCAAACUAAACUUACGAAUAUAUACUUAAAAGGAUUAAACAACUUUAAAAUCGAGAAACUUCAUGCCAACAUCAAUGACAUCAAGUUCGACAUGCUGUUUUCUUUUCCACGCAUAAACAUGAAAUCAAAUUAUCAAAUGAUUUUUGGGUACUUAGGAGCACCAAUGUUUAGUGAGGGCCAGAUGCUUGAGACUUUUACAAACACAAAAGUCAGGGUUGUCUUGAAAGGCAGGUUGUAUCCCAAAAACGGUCAACGAUAUUUCAAAUUUGAUCCAAUAUAUUUUAAAAUUGUAGAAAAUACAAUUACUUUUGUAGAUUUUACUAAUUUUUUCCCAACGACUUCCUUUCUUGGUCCAUUUGUAAAAAAUUAUUUUAUUAAUAAUGCAGAAUUUUUAAACUCAAAAGUUUAUCCUGAUUUUGAAAAAGCUCUUUCUGAGACUUUUACAUAUGUUGCUAAUCAGGUUGCACUUAGUGCGACUUUUGAUGAAGCUUUUCCUUACUAGGGCAGUUGUUUUUGACCUUUUUGUGCCUUGUUAAACAUAAAGCAUCUUCUAGAGAGAUCUGGGGUACCGUGGCACACAGUUUGAUCACCACUGUCUAUGGUUAUCUAAAGUUGCAUCUCAUAAAUUUUGUAGUCAAUGUCAAUUCAUGAAUUAGGGUCCACGGGAAGGUCUAGAAACUAGCUCAUAAAUAGGACAUAGAUCAUCUAGUUUAGAGCAUAUUAUUUAACAGAAACUUAAUUGAUUUGAAUGCAAUUGCUAAUAACC